AGCUUUGUUGUCAUUUCGGCCCAGGCGGACACACAGCCCUGAUCAGAAAACAAAAAUCCUCGGCUCGCCUAUGGUUAGGGAUUGGACUUUCUUCCAGAAACCACUGAAUUGAUUAAAAAGAACAGCAUUUGAGCAACAGCGCCGUUUGAAAUGUCUUCCCCAGAGAUUGCAUCCAUUUCAUGGGGGCACAUGAAAGUAAAGGGGUGCACGGCGUCAUACAAAGACUGUAAAGUGUGGCCUGGAGGAAGUCGUGCAUGGGACUGGAGGGAGACAGGGACAGACCAUGUUCCUGGUGUCCAGCCUGCGGAUUUGGAGGAGAUCCUGAGGAAGGGAGUGGAGAUACUAGUGAUAGGCAGAGGCAUGAGUGAAGUACUACAGGUGCCAUCUAGCACUCUGGACUACGUGAAGCAGAAGGGUGUAGAUGUGAAGGUCUUCCAGACGGAGAAGGCCGUGAAGGAGUACAAUAGCCUGGCUGGGCAGGGGGCCAAGGUUGGGGGAGUCUUCCACUCAACCUGCUGAAGAAACAACACUACGGCUAUUUGUUUCUCAAUGCCCAGUGUUCCAGCCUUGCUGGGACGUGAAAUGCCCAGUGAUUGGAUACUUCGCGGAGUUCACCAAAGAGAAUCCAAUCACUGGGCGUUUCACAUCAAGGCUAGAAACACUGGACAUUGGGAAAUAGCCAGUGUCUAUGCUACUGCAAGCAUCACAUCACAUCACAUCACAGCCUGAGACCUUGCCAAGUUCAAGGAACCAUUGUCUACUACCAGAUGUAUGUACAAGAAGCUGUUUUACACAGUUUAUUUGACCAGUCCACAAAUAAAGACUAAUUUUUUUUGCUCAGUU